GCAAAUAAACAAAAUAACUUGGGUUGUCGAUGACUGUGCGAGUAGGUUCAAGCUCACUUUGACCAUUACCUUUAAACUUUAAAUUUGGUAGCCAAACGGAACCCCGUGACGCCUCUUCCUGACAACUGCGUUACAGGCCAGCCUCUUUUGUGUUUGCACGACUUUGUUGAUUUUAUUUGGACUUGUUUCGGCAUGGAGAUUUCGUUUGAAGGCAAACACGCUCUGGUCACCGGAGCAGGAAAAGGGAUUGGAAGGGCCACGGCUUUGUCUCUGGCGCGUUAUGGCGCAAUUGUCACAGCGGUCACCCGGACGCAGUCUGACCUGGACAGUCUGGUGCACGAGUGUCCAUCCAUCAUCCCUGUGUGUGUUGACUUGGCAGACUGGGUGGCCACAGAUGCCGCCCUCAAAAACAUCGGUCCCAUUGAUCUACUCAUCAAUAAUGCUGCAUGUGCCACACUCCAGCCAUUUCUUGAGGUCACACCUGACCAAUUUGACCAGUCCUUCACUGUGAAUGUGAAAGCGGUGCUGCAUGUCUCCCAGGUCGUGGCACGUGGGAUGAUAGCCAGAAGAUCAGGAGGCUCCAUCGUCAAUGUGUCUAGCCAGGCGUCACAGUGUGCCCUCAAAAACCAUACCGUCUACUGUGCCACGAAAGGAGCACUGGACAUGUUGACCAAAGUCAUGGCUCUGGAGCUGGGACCCCAUCAGAUUCGCGUGAACAGCGUGAACCCCACCGUGGUGAUGACGGAAAUGGGCCGUCGAGGUUGGAGCGACGCGGAGAAAGCGAAGACCAUGACAUCCCGCAUCCCGUUGGGCCGCUUUGCAGAGGGAGACAAACACACCACAACCCUGCAUCCACUUUAUGUUGGAGGCCAGCAAAUUUACAGUUUGCUUCCACACCCCAUUCAAUACGAGGUGGCUGAGGUGGUGAACAGUAUUUUGUUCCUGCUGAGUGAUAAAAGCACCAUGACAAAUGGAGUGGCCCUCCCAGUGGACGGAGGGUUCCUGGCCUGUUAAACGAGCACAACAUCACCAUCAACUCUUCAGCAGUCGUUUGUUUGGUGUCUCGUCAACAUUAUAUUUAGUCUUUCACGUCAAAAUCUAAUCAUGACAUUAUAAUUAUAAGGCUCAGUUCAAAUAAAUCAAUAAAAUUGAGAACAUAAAUUCAUUGGAACGUAAUGGAAAAUUGAUUGAUUCCAUCACGGCGGUUAAUGAACUGAUCCCAACUUUAGCUCCACCCCUUUGCAGAUUACUAAAUGUGAAUUCAAUCAAUGAUCCAGUCAUAGUGAAACAGUUCAUCACUCUUCCAUUAGUAAUGUUGAAACACCAAUCCGAAAAAAAACGGGAACCAAAUAGAUUAUUUAAAAAAAUCAAUUGGCAGAAAUGUCCCUGGCUGUCAGAUAACUUAUAGUAAUACUACUAAUAAUUAGUAUAAUAAUAAUAGAUAUCUUAAGAUAACUUAAACAACAUGCUCCUGCAAUUGUCCAUAUCUAGGUACUUUUUAUUCCAUUUUCUUUGAUGAUGUACAUGUAAUGUCUCGUGUGUCGAAUAAAUCAGGACAACAACAAAAAAAAAAGCCGGACGUACAUAUACACAUUUGUAUUUUGUAUUCCAAAAAAUUGAAAUAUUUAACCCCGCAGACGUGAAGUAAUAAAAAUUUUAAAAUGAGACACAGUUGGAACAAGUAUACAAUUCAUCUUACAUUACAUACAUACAUGGCCAAUGCUUUUCAACCUCUCCUAAGAAUUACAGUGUGUCAAAUAACCAGAGAAAUCCCAUGCAGUAGUAGAUUAGGAAUUGGUGCUGUAUUACUUCGACACCUUAUCUAGGCAGGACAACACAACAUUAUCAACCACAUAGUUUGCUAUGCCAGCCAAAAAAAACAGUAAAACAAAAAAAAAGGGUAGGAGUGCCGUGUCUCACCAACAGGGGGAGACAAACACACCACAGCCCCGCACCCAUGCGGAAAUGCAUUUACAUUACAUUUCAUAAAAGGCGCUUUUUUUGUCACCGACAGCUAAAUGCAACUGAAAUUGGCCCCUUUAUUUUACAAUAUUAGCAACACUUCUAACUUCAACGUUAAUCACUUCGCCUCAUUUUUUUCCGAGUUAUAAGAGUUAAAUGGGCCUUCGUUUAGCUAUUCAUAAAGCAUUCGUUUUCUAACAAUUAUAUAUCAGAAGAUGUUUCGUUUUUGACAGCCGUAUUUGUUACUGCAGUACAAUAUGAAAUAGUACCAAAAAACUUGACACUAGAAACUUGGCUUUAAACAAUACUGUCGUUCAUGCACUUUCCCCGGACGAUCAAACAACGCCCCCCACCCCAAACACACGCACACGUACGCUUGCACACACGCACACGCACACACACGCACGCACGCACGCACACGCACGCACGCACACAUACACACACAAACACACACACACGACAUCAAAACAAUGGCAGAAUAUUUUAAGACCCACGCAAAGUCCUCCACACUCAGAGGCAGCAAGGUUUUCCGCGGUUGUCUGUCACAUGUUCACAGUUACGAUGAAGUUACUCAAACACCUGAGUAACAUCAAAUGACGUUUGACCACAAACAAAAAAGUCCAUAGAACCCAACAGGGAAGUCAAGGAUUUCAUUUUGUGUUACCUUUUUUUGUUUGUAACAAAGAUUUUAAAUACAUCUCAACAAAUAGUGAUUUUAAUUCACAAUUGUGUCCUUUAGAAUGUGAUAUCAGCAUAUUUGCGGUCAUUUUUAUCCCGAGGAUAAAGCCACUGUUUAUUAGUGUCAAUGAAAUACGGCACAAUUUAUUGAUGAUUCCUUCAUUGUGCUAGACAUAAAUGUGUCAUAUCAACAAAAGUUCAGAAAAGGAGAACGUUAAAACUUUAUCUCUGCAAUAACAGGUUUGCCAAAUAUAUUAUAAAACUCAUGCGAGGUGGGCUACGAGCAGUCAUUGUCUACUGGAAAACCAUUACAUAAUUUCAUAUUUUAACGUUGAAGUAAAUUUAGAUGCAAUACAGAAAGAACAAAAAAAGAUUCCAACGACCUGUUAGUUAUUGGCCGACAACAUAAAGUGAAAACACCUUCUUCCCUAAAUCAGUUUGGUCCGAAAUACAACGCCAUCACGACGAACUAAUUUCCGGUUGUAACAAUUUGUUUUCAUGCAAGGCCCUGCAAGGCUAAAGAACAAACUUAAAACCUCCCAAAGAAUAAUAAAAUGUGAUGUACAGUAUGUUCAAAUACGUAACAGGACAUAAAAAGUCAGACCCAAAAA